CCGGAAGCGGAAGUCGGAGGUCAACCUCGUCAUUUCCUUCAGUGAAAGGAACGCAACGGAUCUCUUUUUGCUCCUCUCAGUUGCUCGGCCGGUUUCUUAGAAUGAAGGAGGUGAAAAGCGAGCGGGAGCGGGGAAGCCGGCGGAGGCACCGGGACGGGGACGUCGUGGCGGCGGCGGCGACGGUGGUGGUGAAGCAGGAGCGCCUCAGCCCCGAGUCCGCGCCUCCCGCCCAGCGGCGCCCGGACUCCUCCGGCGGCAGCCCGUCCCCGCCGGCCGGCGAGCCGGGCCGCGCUGGUCGCCGCGGGAGCCGCGUCCGAGGAGGCAGCCGGUCCCCAGCAAAAAAAAAAAGUAAGACCUCAGGGAGAAGAAGCAAGUCUCCCCGGAGCAAGAGAAGCCGAAGUCCUCACCACUCAACAGUUAAAGUGAAGCAGGAGCGGGAGGAUCAUCCCAGAAGAGGACGGGAGGAUCGGCAGCACCGUGAGUCAUCUGGACAGGAACACCGGCGAGCUAGGAACAGUGACCGAGAUAGACACCGGGGCCAUUCCCACCAGAGGAGAACCUCUAAUGAGAGGCCUGAGAGUGGGCAGGCUCAAGGCCGGGAUCGAGACAGUCAGAACCUGCAGACUCAGGAAGCAGAGCGGGAGUUUUAUAAUGCCCGGCGAAGAGAGCAUCGCCAGAAGAAUGAAGUUAGUGCCGGUGCUAAUGAGUCUCAGGAGUUGGCUCCUCGACCUGGCAGCAACAAUAAAGACAAAGAGGUGCCUGUUAAAGAAAAACCAAGCUUCGAACUUUCUGGAGCACUUCUUGAGGACACCAACACCUUCCGGGGUGUAGUCAUUAAAUAUAGUGAGCCCCCAGAAGCACGGAUCCCAAAAAAACGGUGGCGUCUCUACCCCUUUAAAAAUGAUGAAGUGCUUCCAGUCAUGUACAUUCAUAGACAGAGCGCUUACCUCCUGGGUCGACAUCGCCGAAUUGCGGACAUUCCCAUUGAUCAUCCCUCUUGUUCAAAGCAGCACGCCGUCUUUCAGUAUCGGCUUGUGGAAUACACCCGUGCAGAUGGGACAGUUGGCCGCAGGGUAAAGCCGUACAUCAUCGAUCUUGGCUCAGGCAAUGGGACAUUCUUGAACAACAAGCGCAUUGAGCCUCAGAGAUACUAUGAACUGAAAGAAAAGGAUGUACUUAAGUUUGGGUUCAGCAGCAGAGAAUAUGUUCUGCUUCAUGAAUCCUCUGACACCUCUGAAGUGGACAGGAAAGAAGAUGAGGAUGACGAGGAGGAGGAGGAAGUAUCUGACAGCUAGCAAACUAAGAAACCACCCAAACUCUUGAGACCUUUUCUUCAGAGGCUUUGGGAUUAACUCAGGGAGCACUGCGGUGCUCUCUGUAAUGCCUCUUAUUGCCUUAAGUCUUUGUUGCUGACCAGCUUAUGUUACAGUGUAAGAACACUGACUUCUCUUUGGUUGGACUUUUUCCUGUGGCACAUCAGCCACCUGCCUGUGGGCAUUUGUUUUCAGAACAGUUUCACCAACACAUCGUUUUUAGUAGAAGCGUUGUGGCUUUAGUUGGUGCUUUAAAAACUGCUGCCUAGGAAACUCUAACCCCUUGGUUAGGGGAGAAUCGUGGCUUGUUCUCUUUGUACAGUUAUUUAUAUAGUUGGUAAGCUUUGUGGACCGGGUUUUUGUUUUGAGGGCAAUCCCCAAAACAGAUUCUUACUAUGCUUUGGUUAACACCAAAACAGCCUCCACUGUAUACCAAAACUUUGACCUGGUUGAGCUCUUGAGUCAUAGAAGUUGAUUUUGCACUUCAUCUUUGGGGGUUGGGAAUUUACCACAUGACCUCACUAUUGACUGUUGGACUUACACAGAUGCUUUGUGGAGCCUGCUUAAGCACUUGACCGUACAUGGCUGCUGCCAGUGGGUGCUGGGUGAGUGUCACAAAAGGCUGAAAGGGGUCAUGGAUCUGUUUCCUGGGAGAGAAUUCUGAUUUCUCCAUGGAACAUGUACAUAACAAUUUGGAUCAUUUUAUCUGUUCUUCAACUUUGCAUUUUUAUUCAAACAUUAUUCUUUUUUCCUUUGAGAAACAUGGUCAUUUUUGUGUCAGGGUCCUUGCUUUAUUCUAACAAUAUGUGUAUCUGUCUAAAGGAGGUUGUGUAGUUUACAUGUUUCAUCUUUUUAAACAAAGUUCAGAUAGGUGGUAUUUCCAUUCCCAAGGCUGGAAAGCAUGGGGAUUGCCCAGUUUUCUAAUUUUCCACAGAGGAAUAUAUGUAAGUAGAAAAGGCAUAACUACUUACAUAUAUAUAUAUUGUGUGUGUGUACAUAUAUAUAUAUAAACUUGUGUGUGAAAGCUGCAUUCUGAUUUUCAUAUGAGAAUGUUUUGUGAUGUAAAUGUAAUACUGCAUUAAGGCAAAGGCCUCCCUGCAUUUGACGAGCAGGUGUUCAUUUAUAUGUAAUUUUGGGAUAAAAAAUAAUAAAAUUUGUAAAUAUAGCCCCAUUUCAAAGGGUAAUACUUUCCUAGCAGACAGGACCUUGUGUCAGUAGGUCUAUUUGUUGCUAAUGGAAUCUUUGUAUCAGUAUUCUUGAGGUAAAAACAGGUAGUUGUGGAGGGUGUGAUGGGGCGAGAGGAGGAGACAGUAAACAGGAAUAAGAUCUGGCAUCCAGAUCUCCAAAUCUUGGCAAGAGAAUGUUGGUCCUGUUGAAGCAGCAGCUCCAGUUUUCUGAAUUGGUGGUGCAGGGGUUUUCCUCCCCAGCAUAGUUACCCACAGUGGGGUGCACACUAUUCAUCCUGCCUGCCUGUCUAUGCCUUUCUACCUGAGGUGUUGAUGGGCUGGCCUGGGAGCUGGGAGAGAUGGUGCAGCUCAGUCAGUGCCACUUGGACUGAAACUUAAUGGUCCUGUUAGAUUGUCUUUUCCAUUCAGGUCUCACAUGCCUGCAUUUAUUUACUCAGGGCUGAAUGUUGACUUGUGUGGGUAGGGACAGCUGCCUAAGGUUUACUCAAAAGAAAUGAAAAGAUCUCUUGGAAGUGAAAACACUUGAUAAGGUCAAUUCAUUGAAAAGUAAGAUGAGGAGAAGCUACAACGAUUGGUACCCUGCUCCCAAAAUAGUCUACCUUAGUCCUUAGGACUGCUGUUUUCCUAAUUUUGUCACGUGUUUCGUAUGUGCAUGUCUAAAGGUUCUGUUUUGAUGAGUUUUUCUCUUGAGCCAAACUGUUGGUUUUCUAUUUCUGGGGUUGGGCACUAAUCUGGCAUCUCUCUCCAGGGCCUCCUUGUUCAGUUUGUGCCACCACUACUGCUCCCUGGUAGACUUGGGCUUUGCUUCAAACACCAUCCUUAUGGCCACAAUGGUAGAUGACCACUUUGCCUUCAUUUCUCAAUAAGAGAUCCUAAUUGUGUAUUAUGUUCGCUUUAGUAGAGGAAUAGCUUUCUGGGUUAUGACAUUCUUCAUGCCAGGCAUAAGGGAAGGUGUUCACCCUACCAUUUUGGUUUUUGUUUUCCCCCCAAAAGAAAGAGGGUCAAAGACAAGACAAUACCCACCUCCAUGCCAGAUAUCACCAGCUGGUUACUAACUUGAAGUUAACAUAAGGUAAAUGCUUUUUUCUUGAAGUAAUUCAUUAAAUAACUCAUGUUCAUCUUAGCUCUGCAAUUUUUUUCAUUACCCAUCUUCUCCCCGGCUGGCUUGUCUGGAAAUGAAGCUGUUUAUGAAACAGCCCUUUGCUUCUGACUUCCUCCCAAGUCCUCUGGUGGUCUACAGUUCUGCUGAGGUCUGGGACAGAAUCAUCAGAUUUUCCCUAACUUGCCUCCUCUAGUCAUCCUUAGUUCCCUCACUCUCACAGCAACAAAGGAUAGUCCAUUGAGUGCGGCUGAUGAUGUAACUUGGAAAUACACUGUAUCUUGGUGAUAAGCAAAAGCAGAGCAAUACAGAUAACUGAAAAAAAUUUUUAAUUUUGUAUUAUUUUAUUGAGACUACCAGUCUACAAUAUCACUUGGUUUUAAAGACUUAAAAUUUAAAUCUAUAUUUCAGGUUUAUUAUUUGGUAUGGUGCACGGAUGGUUAUUUACUUUUUUUUUUUAACAUCCUUCCCUUUGAGGAAUUGAUGUCGUGAUGUGAGGAACGAAGUGAUGUCCUGUUAGUCAGAACCUCAGUGUGACACACGAACAAUAUGCCAGCAUUGUGAGAAUUUACUGAGUCCACCAUGUCCCUGGGCAUGAAACAUUGGCAAACUUGGAGAGACAGAUCUAUGCUUUUG